AUGGUGGCUGCCAGAUGGUGGCGGGGGGUUUUUGCGCCUUUGGUGCUGGCCUCUCCGUUUCCUACGCCUCCACAGCAUACACAAGACCAAGUCAGCGUGCUUGAGCUCUCCAGAGCCAAGGCAAAGGCAGCAAGCGAGGCGGCCACACCUCAAGUCUUGUCCUUUUUUGACUCGGUUGGCUUCCGUGAAAUGCUGAAGGGCUGCUGCACUGAAGUGGCAAAUCUGACUGCAGAGGAGCUUCUGCAGCGCUACAGGGCAGAGGCCCAAGUGGCAGAGCUGGCGCAUGCGCUGCCGGCACCUGGAGAGUCCAUAGGCGUUUUCUCAGAUGUCACAACUACCGAGGUGGGAGAGUUGCCCUGGUUUCCGAAUGAGUUCGAGGUUGCGUUGAUGCACAAUAGGAGCAUGUCGGAAGGAGCUGCACCUAUCAAUGAUAUUGCCCAGAAGGAAAUCUUUGGCUGCAAACCGUUUGCUGGACCUAAGCCCACGUGGACUGAAGCUUCCAGUCGUUUGAUUUACAUUGCGCACAACAUGCGGCGGUUGGAUUCAGGGUCCGAGCCUUUCUUCGGAGACUUGACCGUGGUUUUCAACAGUAGCCGUGUGAAGGAUUCGGUCGUCAUUGCGCCAUAUGACACCGGCCUGUACACAAUGAUGUGCUUGCGCCCUGAAAUGUCUGGUCAUCACAAGAUGAAGAAGUUCUUGCCACACUUGAACUGCAGUGCCUGGCCAGUAAAUCUUCCUGUCGGUACCCUGGACUACCUGGACCACUUGAUCUUGCCAAAUCUAGCAGCUCCAGUCAACAGCAGUGUCACAAAUCGAACCAUUUUGGACACAGCACGGGAGCUCUACACCCGCAGCGGCAUGUCCAAGAUAGACUAUCAGGAUGUGCCUGCGUUGGACUUGAGAUCUUUGGGCGGCUACAUGGAGUCAAACAUUAUGGCCAAUCCUCGUUUGCCAGAGGUGGUGAAAUUCGGCAUUGGCAACUUCGACACUCUUUUUGGCACAAAGGAUGGCCAAGAAGUGCGGAAGAUCUCCCAGCGAUUCAAGUGGCCCCUGUUCUGGGCCUUCGGUGUCGGCAUUGUAAAACCUCGUCCUCAACAAAUGAAGCUUCGUGCGCUUUACAAGCUCAAUCGUCGCAUUGCUGAUCCAUCCAACAUAGUGAUGACUACCAAUGCCUCGGUAAGCAGCGGAGCAGUGGCCAGCUUCGAGGCUGUAUGGCAACAAGCCGCUGCUGUGCGUGCAAGCCGCAAUGCCACAGAUGAGGAUGUACUUCAGUGGUGGAAUUCCUUGGAGCAACAGCUCCAGGUUGCGCCAGUGUCUGCGGAUUCUUGUGCUCGGCCGCAUGACUGUGUAGCAGUUGAGCCCUCGAGCAAGGAUUGUAUAUGCACGUUGCAAUUGCAGAACCACGGCCGGUCGGAACAGAAGAUAUUCACAGUCUAG